CGAGAGCACGAGCCGAAUUUUUGUCUCUUUCUUCAAUCGUUUGCAGCUCCGAUUUCGGCAUAAAAGCUGGGGGUACGGCAGGGAUCCCGUUCCCUGUGAUUAAAUAAAGCAACCGAAGAUCCUCAGCAUCUCGGCGCACCGAGGAAGCCGGCCUCUUUCGAGCGAUCGUACAGUCGACGUAUCGUCACCUCCUCACCCGCCGUCAGGAACGGCCGUUGGCGCCCGGAGACGGCACGGCGGUCGAUCGGCGAGCGAGAACCGGGCGAGAACGGGUCGAGACCCGCACCCGACGCGCCCCGACGAUAAUUUUCUUUAUUGUUUCCCUCUUUUCUGAAGGGAGGAGUAGAGUGGAGCCCACGGCAUUCGCCGGCGCGAGUUGGAGGAGGAAAUCGCCGUCUCCGAGCUCGGCUUUCAUGGCGGAUCCUCAUGCGGCGGCGGAAGAGCCGCCAGUGCUGGCGCCUCUCCUGGUUCAGGACCAGAGCCGCGGCAAUCACCGGCCGCCACCGCCGCCGCCGCCGCCGCCGCCGCAUCAUCAUCGUCGUCGUCGCGAGGAGGAGGACGUGGACCCGCACCUCGACCAGGCGCUGCACAAGCUGGAAAUGUUCCUCUCCUUCCUAGGCUUCAACCAGUCGACGGUGCUCAGCACCGUGCUGUCGUGGACUGCGUUCGUGGUGAUCGGCGUGGUGCUGCCAGUGAUCGUGCUCGAGCUCUCCGAUUGCUCGGACUGCGAUAAGUACCAGAUCAAGAACUUCGAGCUAGAUAUAGUCGCGUCGCAGGCGUGCCUCGCGGCGGUCUCGCUGCUUUGCCUUUCGCACAACCUUCGCAAGUAUGGGAUGAGGAAGUUCCUGUUCGUGGAUCGCUAUAGUGGCCAGAUGUCCAGGUUCCGAGACGAGUACAUCAAGCAGAUUAAGGAUUCUGUACGGUUGCUCGUAUUAUGGUCACUUCCUUGUUUCGUUUUGAAGACUGUGCGUGAAGUGGUCCGCCUGGUAUAUAUACAUCAUGAAUCAUGGUGGCUGUCAGUUUAUAUUUUGUUCUCGUUGGUUAUAUCCUGGACUUAUGUCAGUACAAUCUCUCUAUCAGCCAGCACUUUGUUUCAUUUGGUCUGCAAUCUGCAAGUUAUUCACUUUGAUGAUUACGGGAAGAUCUUGCAAAGUGACGAUGAUGUUUUGGUUAUCAUUGAAGAGCACAUUCGUCUACGGUACUACCUCUCCAAGAUAAGCCAUAGGUUCAGAAUUUUCCUCCUCCUAGAAUUCCUGGUGGUCACAGCAAGCCAGUUUAUAACUCUGUUCCAAAUAACAGGAUACAGCGGACUCGUUACUGUCAUUAAUGGUGGUGAUUUUGCUGUCUCCACCAUUGUCCAAGUUGUUGGCAUUAGUCUUUGCUUGCAUGCUGCUACAAGGAUCUCACAUAGGGCCCAAGGUGUUGCCUCAAUUGCAAGCAAAUGGCAUGCAUUGAUGACAUGUAGCUCUACAGGCACAGCAUCUUUAAGAGGUUCAGAUAAUGUAGGAAGCAUGGAGCCCAUGAAUGCAUUUGGUUCAAUACAUACAGAUUUCUCUGAAAGUGACCUGGAAUCUUUGGAAUAUAUCGGAAUGCCUACCAGCACACAACUUGCUACUUAUAUGUCAACUUAUCACAAGAGACAGGCUUUGGUAAUGUACCUGCAGACCAACCCCGGGGGAAUCACACUCUAUGGAUGGACAGUUGAUAGGGCUCUCAUCAAUACCAUCUUCUUUAUUGAGCUCUCGUUGGUAACUUUUGUGCUGGGGAAAACUAUAGUUUUCUCUUCCAGUUAGCUCUGGAUUCUUAACUUGGAUUCCUUUGACCGAAACGAGUUUAAAGCACUGGUCAAGCCAUUGAGAGAGGCUGAAUUUCAGUGAUUCGGUGAAGCAUCCUUAUCCAGAUCAGAAAAGUAUUUCAGUGCCCAGUGCCAUCACUUUUACUGCAGUGGAAACUGCUCUCAUUCAGACCUAAGAAUUCUCUGGCAACUUUUGUGAUGAGCAUGGCUUUGUUCAAACAAGCUUGUCAAACCUGGCAAACUGCUUGAGUUACUCAGAGGACCUAUCCGUCUAUCUUUCGACAUCCACGAUCCUGAAGUCUCCAAGCCAAGUUUUGACCACUGCCUCUCUAUCUUCUUUCGCAAAACUGCAUUUUUCCACUGUGUAUCAUCCUCUGCUAGACUAAAAACAUUAUUAAAUCUUUGCGAACUGCCCCUUAACUGUGAGGCAAAUUUUGUUGUAGUCUUCACUAAAAGCCAACAGAUUUUGAUUUUGAACAUAUCUAAUUCAGCUGCUCAACCUUGUUCACAUUAAGAGUUAGUUUCUGUAAAAUGUCGUUUGAAUU